AAUGGCUGUUUCAUAGACAAAAUUGGUUCUGGCCAUUUUUGAAAAAUAUUAUUAUUAACAGUACGUAAUAUUUUGUUAUUGAAUGCUAAUUUUAACGUUACUGAAUAAAUAUUUACUUAGUGUUGACAAAGUUAUUACCUAGGAGAUUAAUCCUUGAACAGAUAAAACAUGGAGGCUAGAUAAAAGUCGUCAUUGAUAAAACCAAUAAUGACAAUAAUAUUGUUACACAUUACAAUUAUAAAAGUUUGUCGUUGAAUGUCAAAUUAUUAUAUUUAUGUGUUUUACUAUAAAAUUGUAUUUUUUUUAAAAGUACAUGUAAUUUAUCAAAAAUAUUUUUUUUGUGUUAUCAUAAUAUGACUACUACGUCCAUUAAAGCUUCGUCAAAUAUUGGAAAAUUUAAAUUAUCACGAAGAGGAAAGAAACUGCAGCUGUCUGAUGAUCAAAGAACUUUGGUUGCAUUACCAAAAGAUGUCGCUGAACGAACAUGGGCGGAAAUUCUUCAAAAGGAAGAAAAUGACCUGAUGAUCUUCGACAUACGCGAGGAAAUAAUCGAAGACGCUUUAAGGAUCUGCUACAAGAAGUACAUGGCGAAACAGAAUGUAUUAUUUACUGCAUAUUGUGCAUCGGAGGCAUGGUUAAAAUUAAUAAACUGGUAUUUCUUCCCUCACGAUCCGGGUGAAGACCCGAGCGCCCAUCCACGUUGUCACAUCCCUAAACGUAAAGAGUCCUGGCAACCAGACGACCUCCCGGAUCCAUCACCCAAGGAUACAUGGUGUAGACAAGAGUUAGAUAUCCAUGAAGAGAUACAAGAUGAAAUAUUGAGGAAAUGGCCGAGCUCCUCUUCCAUAGACAUGCCGAUUAUUGAAGACAUACCAAAGGAAUACUGGUUUCCCGGUAAAGUUAAUCUUCCAAACGAUCAAACUGAAAUGUCAAAUGAUACUUCAAAAACGAUUACUUAUGAAACAGAGUCUACUAGUUCAGCUGGUAACAUCGGCACUGAGAGUGAAGUACUGGAGAAGAUCACAGAUUAUAAUAAUGGAGAGUUAUCGGUUAAGGAAUCAAUGUUGUGUGAUCUAAAAACUACAACUCCAGUGAACGGAUCAUUCCAAGGCGCCGGUGAUUCGACUGUUGAUAAACUACGACCGAAACGGAGACUCACCGAGAAGAGCAAGUUGUUCAGUCGAGCAAGUAUGCUUGGAAGAUCGAAAGCGACCCUACCACCGUUGGAUGGCUCCAGGUCCAGGCUUAGCAUUAUCUCCGACUGUCGUCUUAGAAAUUUGAGAUUGGACACGCAAUACGAGAUUACAUCUGAAAAAGUUGACACGCCACCCGGUGAGGUGGUGAGGCGGAAAUAAUAUCGUCUUGAUAACUUUUCGGUAAUUUUCUUCUUGUUCUCAUUAAUAUUUAGAAUGUUCUGACGAUAAUAAUAUGUAAAUAAAAUUUUGUAUUUCA